AUGAAUUUGUCUUCAAUGAUCAAUACAGACGAGCCACAAGCUAGCGCUGAAGGAAGUAUACCAGCUGCACCGCAAUCACAACACCCUGCAUAUCCUUACCCACAACCACACCCUCAAUCGCAUCCACAUUCUCACCCUCAUUCGCUAAUUGCUAGCCACGCGCUAACGCAUCCUCAAUCUCAGGGCUCUGAGCAGCCAUCAGUACUACCUUCCGUGUUGCAGCAGCCACACUCACAACCACGACAACCACUGCCUCAACCGCAUCAGCUUUACAAAGGACUUGAGAAACCACACGAUCAUCCAUCGCUCAAUUGCUGGGAGCUGCCUUACAUCUGGGCUGCAAUUACGCGAUUUAUACCCAUAGUACAACAUGAGCUUCUAGACGGUGUCAGAGAGCUGGAGGAAGCUUUGACUGCUUCGCCUGGUACUGUACAUCCAACUGUUCACUUGGUUAUGGAGCACAUAGUCAGAAUCUUUAAGCCAAAAAUGUCGAAUACUGAUCCUGAUGCGCUCGCCAAGCAAAUUCAGUUACAGCUUUCUGAUAUCAAGCAUUGGCCGGAGGAAGUAGUUGACCAGCCAUCAGGCGCUGUCGUGGAAGACAGACCACUGAAAGAUGGGAAAUCAUUUUGGGAAGCUGGGUGGAGGGAGAAGGUUUCUGUUAUGAGACAUCUGGUUGAUUUGUCGCUCUCAACACCUCAGAUAAAGGACAUGAUAGAGAAAAACUACAGAGUAUCUACAGUAGAAAGGCACAGGAAACGUCGUGAUGAUCCCAAAGAUAACGCUUUAGUUCUACCACCAGUAGGUGAAGACAGUAAAAGACAGAGACUUUGGGUUCUAGACGACAACCCAAGGGUGUACAUAUCUGGUAACCCAUGGAAGAAGUCAACGACAAUGACUGCUGUUACUGAUACUAUGGAGGAUGUCGUCGCUUUGGCCAACAGUUACGCAAUGUCUUCUUAUCAGUCUGAAAUGAAAGCCAUGGAAGUUGCACAGACUGACAAAUCACUGUGGAAACAACUGAUGAAUAACGCUAAAAAGGAGAGAGAUCUGGCUGAAUCAUUAGCUGGGCAGCGCCAAGGUGCGUUCCUGCGCCGAUGUGAAGCAGAGGAAUCUAGGAUUGCUCCAAUGAAAAGAAGAAGGAAAGAGGAAGCAGAGGAAUCAGAAAAGCACCUGUCUCAACACCCAGAAGAACGAAGGAAUGUUGGUUAUGGAGAUGGUGAACAAACGCUGAAAAAGGAGUACGAAGAUCCUCGUAGGGAAGAUAGGGAAGAUAGGGAAGAUAAUCACAUCGAUAUAAAGAAAGAAGAAUUUGCAAUUCGAGAUAAAGAUGAUGACGGACGGGAGCCAGAAGUGGAAGAGCCAGAUGGAAGAAGGUCAAGGAGACAAACACAUAAUCGAUCACAGACACCGUCAAAGCAAGGAACGCCAUCAGACAAGUCGACGCGUUCUUCAUCACGCUUAAAUACCAACCAAGAUGUGAGAAUGGAAGAAUGA